GGCCACUACUGGAUCCCUUUGGAUUGGUUAUGCAACUUCUCUGCGCACCUCCACUGCUCCGCAGGCAAAAUGUGGGGAAAGGAAAGCAUCUUCCCCAAGGAGAAGAGUCGAGGAGACACCUGACAGAAGGAGGUGUAGCCUCCCACCCCUUGCAGUCCCCUGUCGCCCUCUGCGGCCCAACCCUUCAGCAGGGAUUGACUGAUGGCAGGACGUGUGUGGUGGUCACUUGUCCAUCUCUCUGCAGCCAUCCUGGAAAUGAACGGAAACCUGAACUGCAGGUGCCUGAAGACGACUUCAGACUACAUCAGCCCGAAGCGGUACGAAAGCAUUGAGAUCAGACCGGUGGGGAGCACCUGCAGACGCACAGAAAUCAUAAUUAAAUUAAAAACCUCCUCAAAGGUGUGUGUGAAUCCUGAGGCCCUUUGGGUAAAGAAACUACUGAAACGUAUUGCUAGCACGAAGAAAAAGUAAGCUUCCUGCUACGGAAGCUGCUGUUCCGAGCCUUGAGACGGACGCACAGGCGUGAAAACCCCACGGCUCCUCACUUUGCCAUCGCUUCCCCCCACUCCCGCAAAGCCCGAGCCCCGGGGCCGAGCGGCAGCUGCUCCCCGCGUGCUGCCUCGCCGCUGCCGCCCGGCGCGGAGCCCCCCGGCCCUUUCGCCGGCGCUGGGUACGGAGCUGCGUGAGCGCUUGCCCCUCCUUGGCUCGCCUCGUGUGCUCUCACGCGAGGGCUGUUCCCUUCUCCGCUGGGGCAGGUCUCCAACUCCUCCGGUGCAAAGCACUCGUGAGCAGGCUGCGUGUCGUAUUGCUUGUUACGUGCCACUGUGUGUCCUGCCCUGAAAGCACAAGCCAAAUAAAAUCUGUAUUUUUCUUUCCCUCAGAA